GUUUGGCAUCGCAUUCGAAAUAAGAACAUCAUUUGCCGUUCCUGCGUAUAUCGUAGCGUGUUCUCUGUUGAAUCUUUUUUCAACGUUGGUUUCGUACAGAAGCGUGAGUCCUGUUUAGAAGCAGGACAGUUAGUGUCGUAGUGUAUCUAACUUCAAAUCAUGGGAGGUUUUGCUUGGGUUACUUUAGCGACAAAUGACUCCUACUCUUUGGGAGCCUUGGUCCUGGCUCAUUCCUUGAAACAGGCUGGAACCGUACACCAGUUAGCUGUUUUAGUAACACCUGGUGUUACUAGUGCUAUGAGAGAAAAGUUAACGUCGGUGUUCAACUUAGUACAAGAAGUCAAUAUCCUCGAUUCCAAAGAUGAAGCGAAUUUAAGGCUGUUGAAACGACCAGAAUUAGGUGUUACCUUCACAAAGCUGCACUGCUGGCGGCUCACGCAAUACGAGAAAUGUGUAUUUUUGGACGCAGACACUCUGGUUCUUCAAAAUGCAGAUGAACUAUUUGAAAGAGAAGAAUUUUCAGCUGCGCCUGAUGUAGGAUGGCCAGAUUGUUUUAAUUCUGGCGUUUUCGUUUAUCGGCCGUCUAUAGAUACUUACGAAAAAUUGAUCGCAUUUGCUUUAGAAAAGGGUAGCUUUGAUGGUGGUGAUCAAGGGUUGUUAAACUUAUUCUUCUCCGAUUGGGCGUACAAAGAUAUCAGCAAACAUCUUCCUUUUAUCUACAACCUGUGCUCCACGGCAUGUUAUUCGUAUCUUCCUGCAUAUAAACAAUUCGGUGCAAAUGCUAAAAUAGUUCAUUUUAUUGGGGCAACCAAACCCUGGUUACAAUACUUCAAUACAGAAACGAAAACCGUACAACCUUCUGGAGAAGCUUCGCAUCUACAGGAUGUGCUACAAAGAUGGUGGAACAUUUUCUGUUCUCUUAUUCAUCCACAAUUGUCACCUGCGAUGCCCGAAGCUCAGUCGCAGUACAGCGUGAGUCAGUCCUAUUAUCCACCUCACUUCGUCCAACCUUCCCAUACCAUAUCGUCUGCGGGUGACUACGAUGAUGCGUGGGAUCCGUGGGACGAAUACGAUCAAAAACUCGCUCGAAACGUUGCUCAGUAUCAGUAUACUCAUUCCGUCAAUACUUCAGCUCAUUACAACGAUCAAAAUCAGCCUAUUGAAUCUCUAAAUACAAACGCUAGUGUUGCUGAACCGCCCACCACUCAUAGUCAAUCGCAGUCGUAUAACACUUACUCAGAUCAAAAUACUAGUUAUCAGCCUCCUCCGCAUCCACCAUUAACCGUCCAAAGCCAUCAUGAUCGUCCACCAACUCCUCCGCCUCCUAGUCCUCAAUAUCACACUCAUCAUUCUCCUCUCGUCCAUCAUAUUCCUGAAUCACCACAUCCCCAACAGCAUCAUCAUCACCACGAGCAACCUCCUCAUCCUGUUCACAAUGAACCUCAUGAAAGUCGUGAGCUCGUACAAAUAGUGAUCUUUCAUUCUCAUCAGACGCAUUCAGAGUUUAAAGUUCCUAGUCCAGAACGUCCCAGAUCUCCUAUACAUUCCGUUCCUAUUUUACCAAAAGAAUGUGAGGCUACCACCACGGUCUCCAACGACAUUUCUUUGAGUAGCAAUAUCGAGGAAAAUACACAAGAAGGUGAUGCUGGUUUGGCAGGAGCGUUCGCCCAGUUGACCCUGGGUGUACCAAGAACACAGGAGCAAGAAGCUUUUGACAGUUUGAUGAGGAAGCAAGCUUGGGAAGUAGGGAACAUCGAUUAUUUAGGUCGAGACUCUUUCGAGAAUAUCUGGAGUAAAAUUACCCAAACUCUGAGCGCUGGAGCGCCAGAACCUGCUCCUCCAACACCCGUUGUAGCUCCUGCCGAAAGCCAAAGCCAAUCCACAGCCCUUCCUCAAGAAGAGGCUAAACCAGAUGAGCCUCCUGUUGAUAUAUCUACAGCUGUAGAUAGUUUAAGUUUAGAACCUACAGAGUCCAAAUCUUCUGUAGUUACUUCGUUACCCGCCGAAGAGGCUACACCAUCUGUUACAGAAACUGUUCCUAUAGAAACGAAAUCUUCUCCACAAGAAUCAGUCCAAGUUAUUCCAAAGGAGGCUGUGAUUGAACCGCCUCAGCCAGCAACACCUCAAAAGGAAACACCAUUACCUGUUGAGAGCGUAAUAUCUAGUGAGAAGGAAGCUGAAACAGUUUCACAAAAAGAAGUAGAACCAGUUUUAGAACCUGCUGUAGUUUCACCACCAGUUGUAGAACCUCCUGUAAUUCCACAACCAACUGUAGAACCCUCUGUAGUAUCACAACCAGUUGAAGUUUUGCAACCAGCUGAACAACCUCCUGUAGUUUCAGGGCCCACUCAGAAAGAAUCUGAGCCUACCCUACCACCCUCAACAUUACCAGAAAGCUCUCCAGUGAUUCCACAAGUGGUACCUAAAGAAACUGAGCCUCUUGUAACCGCUCAAGUUGUCAAGGAAGCGGAACAAUCACUUGCAGCAUCACAAGUUGCAGUAGCUGCUCCAAAAGAAUCAGUUCCUUCAUCCCCACUUCCAGAGAUUAGCACAAAGGAAUCGUCAAAGCCAGUUGCCAAAGAACCAGCACCAAAGGCAGCCACACCAAAAGAGCCACAAAAGGGCAAGCCUGCCGAGGCACCUGCCGCUCCUGUGGCGGAGAAACCGAAGCAAGCAUCUGUUGAAGCAGCCACGACGAGCGAGCCAGCUUCAACACCUACACCUCCACCAAGAAAGACUGAUAAACCGAAGAAGGUAGCUAGCAAACCUAAAAAAUGAGCCCACUCAAGUUGUUUUUGGGUUUGAACGAAUUGUGCCAUGAAAAUUUUCAUUAUAUUGCCUGUGUGAUCAAAUUGACAUAACCUAUCUCUAUUUAUUAUUUUUUUCUUAGGUUUGAUAAAAGUAUUUUCGUUACUAAUAUCACACUGACUAUUUCUUUCCUUCUUUACUAUUAAUAAAGAAACGUUUUAUAA